CUUGUUUGUGUGUGAGCAACCGACGGGAGGUAAUGGGACUACUCCGCGGCUAACGAUAGCAAGGGAACACAAAUAGGGAUUUUAAUUCACUUUGGGGUCUCCGCUGGCACUCUGGGGGUCCACCAAACGCUGCAGGAGGACAUACUUUCGCAUAAACCCUCGGAUUUGCUGCCGUAUUCCCGUCGAGGCGAGCGGCGCGAACGAAAGAGUCCCGCUAAUCCCGAGAAGAGGGCGGAGCGGCCUGCUUUUGUAGCCGGCUCACGGUGCACCUCAGGCGGCCAAGCGCUGCCACCAGAGCCCGGUGCUUCCGCUGGCUUAUUUUUCUCCACACCAACAAAAGGCAUCAAAUCUCGCAACUCAUUUUUAUUUAACUAAGCAGAACCUCUCUCUAACAUACUCCUCUUCCCAUCGGCGUGCAAGCUGUCGCCGUUUUCCCCCCAAAAAGAGGAGCUUUUUCACGCCCGGGGCGGCCUGUUUUGUUUUCGAGCCGCCUUUGAAUCUCCGGCGAACAAUAACACACAACAACCCUCCUUUAACGAGCCUGCUCGGGGGGGUGGAGGGGGGGUUGCAACGGUGCUGGGAUCAUAAAUGCAUUAUUGUGUGACACCCGCUCCGGUAUGGACGUGAAACCCCGGGACGAGCAUGCAUGUGGGGUAUGGAUUUAUCACCGGGGGAACGACUGCAAACCGGAGCCCUUCACCACCGAAUCACCCCCCGUUUGAGGAUGUCGGGAGCCGCUGCUGCCGCCGCCGCCGCUGCUGCUGCUGAGAGAGACGACAGCCAGGAAGACGUAAAGAUGGAGAACGGGUCGUCUGGUUUUGACAUGAGGUCCUACCUUCAUUACCAGUCCACCAGCGGCAGCCUUGGGAACAUCUCCACCGCGUCCUCCACUUGCUCCAGCCCGCCCGGCACACCUGCCCCGUCAGGUAAAAGCAGGUCGCCGUCGCACGGUGGCAAAAUGUCCAGCGGGAAGUCAAAGAAACGCCUGGACAAGGACAGUGAAGAGUACAGGGUGAGGCGGGAGAGGAACAACCUCGCCGUGAGGAAGAGCAGGGAUAAAGCCAAAAUGCGCAACUUGGAGACUCAACAUAAAGUGCUGGAACUGGCUGCGGAGAACGAUCGUUUACAAAAGCGCGUAGAGCAGCUGUCCAGAGAGCUGGCCACCCUGCGCAACUUGCUCUCUGCCACCGGACAAUGUUAAAAUUUAUAGAUAGAAAACCUCCACCAGAGACUCCACACGGAUCUCUGGUUUUGUGUCUAAUCAUUGAUGGACUUUAGAGCCGGAGGUGAUCCACUGAGCUAAUGCUGAAAAACGGUACGCUUCACAAGUGAAGACAGUGACCACAGUUUACAAGGACACUUUGAAUGGGACUGAAGAAGUGGGUGCAUGGAUUGCGCAAUCAUUCACGAUUCUUCACAUGUCACUGUAGCUUUAUUCUCAGAUGUAAUUUUUUUGUGUGUGUAUGCAGUAUUUUCUGUGCAGGUUUUACAUACAUGAGAGUGAAUUUCUACAUUUUUUUGUGUGUAUCUGGAGCAAUGGUUGUCAAGGGAAGAGUUGUGCUGCAGUGAAAUGAUGCAACUCUUUGUAAUAGUAUUGGCAAUGAAUGAAAUAAGUCUAAUUAUUUAAUAUUGAAAGGGGAAAUGCAUUAAUUGUACUUGAUAUUUUAUUGAAUUAAACAGAUUUAUACUUUGUUUAAACAA